UAUAACACGAAGCUCGAUACAUUUACUGUACAAGUUUAUUUCCGGUGCACUUUUAGGUCACACAACCUGGAUGUCAGCUGCUAGUUCAUAAUUUAACUGUGUACAAAGGCGAUAGAGCCGGUGCUACGGUAAUGUAAGCUGUGGGUCCACAAUGUCACAGAACAAGCAUGAGGUUGUUGACCUCAGCACUGCUAGUGCAAUGAUUUGGCAAAGAUAGGAAUGUGAGAGAGGUCCACUAAAGGACAAUGAGCUAUGUGAGGGUACUGGCCCACUACCCCUAUGUGGUACUACUGGCAGUGUUUGUGGUGGUGGCCACCUGCCUCAUUCUCUCCACAACAGUCAUUCAGCUCCCAGAUUUUGGAGACCCUAUGGCAGGGUUUGAGCCACGUGGUACAGACCUAGGAGAGCGGCUGGUUACCUUCCACAAUGUCAUGUACAACCCUAACAACAAGCUCAGCCUGCUGCCAUUUGGAGCCGGAUUUGAGGACCAGAUUGAGGACCAGAUCACGGAUAAGACUGACAAUGACACUGAGCUCUGGGACGAGCAGGGAUAUGUCAAACGUAGCACAAAAAGAACCACUCUUUGUAACCUGCCAGAUAAGGACUACCGUGGAUUGGCAAGAAUUGUGUUCAGGAGUAAAGAUGGCAGCAAUCUUUUCUCAGCAGACAAGAUUCGACAUAUGUGUCGUGUCGAGGAGGAACGCAUUCACACACACCCUACAUACCCAGGUAUGUGUCUGAGAGCCAACGAUGACAGCUGCUGUCGAAGCUGGUCUUUAGGGAACUAUAUUGCUUUCCUGACGGGUCACGAGAAUUGCUCUGAGAUAAGAGAUGAGGAUGUGAGCAAGGUGGGACGUUUGUUGCAGAGUUGUGCUCCAUUCUAUCACAACUACACUCUGAAACACAACUGUGACACACUUAAACGGGGAGCCAAGCGAUAUAUCUGCCAAAACAUGCCUAAGAAAUGUAUGAGACUUAACACUGUGUAUGACAUAUUCCACUACAUAGCAGAUGUUGAGUUCCUACCAGCUAACAACAAGGUGUCGCGGCCAGUGCUGAGUUGGGCAGUGACUUUUCUGCCUGUGUAUGCAAAAGAGAACACUGUGGAGCUUUAUAAACAUAUGGAGGAAUGGACAGAAUCUCUAGAGGAAGUUCAGAUUGUUGGGGUGAACUUUGGCAUCAAGUACGUGCUAUUUAGCGAGUAUUUGAUGUCAGAUACUGUAUGGCUGGUGUCGGCUGCCUGUGUGAUCUUCCUCAUCAUCUGGCUGUAUUGUGCUUCUCUGUUUAUCACUAUAAUGACUUUCCUCAUGAUGUUCUGGUCAUUAGAGCUGGCCUACUUCAUUUACAUGCUUGUGUUCGAGAUCAAGUUCUUUCCUUACAUGAACCUGGUCACAGUAAUCAUUGUGAUUGCGAUCGGUGCUGAUGAUGUCUUCAUAUAUAGUAAAGUGUGGCAUUUGGCAAAGUCGGAGCCAAACAAUGGGACACUGGAAAAAAUUGUAUCCAACACACUCAAGCACGCGACUUUAUCGAUGUUUGUGACAAGUUUUACGACUGCGGCAGCUUUGUUUACAACCACAAUAAGCUCCAUCACGGCCAUCAAGUGUUUCAGUAUCUACGCUGGUCUGACUGUCGUCUGCAACUUUGUUUUGGUGGUGACAUGGCUGCCUGCUUCUAUCAUCAUCCAUGACAAGUGGUGCAACUGUGAAGCCUGGUACAACCCCGAGUUCCUCACCAACAAAGGAAUCUGCUACUACAUGUGUAUAGUUCCGUAUAAAGUACACGACCAGUUCUCGGAAUGGUCAAAGAUACUCUUUGAAAAAGUAGUACCCUUCAUCAUGAUAAAAUUACGAAUCCUUUGGAUUGUGUUAUUGGGAGGAAUAGGAAUUGGUGGCAUAAUUGUGAUAUUUUUUUACCCAAAAUUAAAACUGCCGUCUUCUGAAAAAUUCCAAGUGUUUUCCUCUGAUCAUCUGUUUGAACAUUACGAUUUUGUGCUGAACAGUAAAUUUUGGUUUGAGCGAGAACACACCGAGCACAGAUCAUUGUUGCCAUUGACGAUAGUGUGGGGUGUCCUACCCAUAGACAAUGGUAACAGUCUCGAUCCUUAUGACAAAGGAGACUUGAAGUUCGAUUACAGUUUUAAUCCUUUAACAUCUAAUGCACAAAAAUGGUUUCUAAAUUUUUGUAAGAAAAUAAGACAGACAGAUUUUUACUUUGACCUACCUGGCUUCCAGUUCACAAACUGUAUGUUUGAGGAUUUUCAGGCCCUGAUGAAAAGACCCUGUAUUGACUACAUGCAGGGUAUAGACCACAGCCCCUGUUGUAAUGCGACUGAAAGCCAGCCGCUGUCUUCCACAUCAAUGCUCCAGUGUCUGACUGAGUACAUUCCAGUUCUGAGGACAACUCCUGGUGUCCGCUACAACUUCUACACCCCAGGCCUCAGAUUUUACAAUGGUAGAAUAUGUGCCUUCAUUGUACAGUUCUUGAGUAACGAAACUUUUUCAUUUGCUUAUGACAGAAUCAAUGUUUUUUAUAAGAAAGUCAACAGUUGGGUGAAACAGGAACUAUCGACAGCCCCACCUGAAAUAAAAAAUGGCUGGUUCAUCAGUGACUUUGAAUUUUAUGACCUUCAAAACAGUCUACUUGGGGAGACCCCACUGGCGUUUGGUGUGUCACUGGCUGUCGUGUCUGUUGUUGCAUUUCUAACAACGUUAAACUUGUUGAUAAGUUUCCUGGCCAUUUUGAGUAUUGCGUUUGUGAUGUUUACUACUGUGGCAGCCCUGGUGCUGCUGGGAUGGGACCUUAACAUUCUAGAGUCAGUGGUUGUCACCGUGGCCAUUGGCAUGUCAAUAGACUACACACUCCAUUAUGGUGUAUCCUACCAACUGUGCCCCGACUUCGACCGAAAGACACGAGUUUCCACUUCUGUAGCAAGACUCGGAAAUGUUAUCUCCAUGGCUGCUUUGACAACAUUCCUCGCAGGUGCCAUGAUGAUGCCAUCCACAGUGCUUGUUUACCAGAAGUUUGGCAUUUUCCUUAUGCUCAUCAUAUCAAUCAGUUGGACCUACUCCACAUUUUUUUUCCAAGGCCUGCUGUGCGUUUGUGGGCCUACCAAGGGUUUCACCCAGUUACACUGGCCUUCCAGUGAAUGUUGCUCAAAUUCUGUACCAGAUCGUCGAGACAAGACUCGUUAUUCCACAUCAGAGUCCACCAUGUCAACUUCAAGCAGCUAUCACCACACAACGAGUAGUGAGAGUCAUGAGAUGGAACCACUGACAGAUGAUUACAGACGUCGAUACUCCAGUCGCUCACGUCCAAGCUACAGUCGCACAAUUAUGGCCGCUGAUUACAGCCCGGAACAUCCGCGGCGUGGCAGCCAUGUUCGUUUCUCCAUCGAUAGUGUGGACAAAUCUGUAUCCGUGUUUGAUCCAGAAGAUGAGCUGGCUCAUGCACAACGCUGUCGAUCAAGAGCGGAAUCAGAGGUGUUUUUAGAAGACGAAGAAUUAGAAUCUCCAACAAAUGAAACAAACGAUAAACAUAAGGACUCAGGGUCUUGAUGCUGAUUAUAUAACCAUAUAGCACACAUCGACGUGUGUCUUACCUCAAUCUGUUCCAAUACCAAACAUAGAAUCUCAGGUCACUCUGUAUACCGCUACUCUAUUGUAUCAGCAUUAUAUAUCACAAAUAUAUAUAUUUAAAUCUUUUCUUCAAACUGAACUCAUUGUGAGAGAUAUUUGAACAUUUUUUUUACUGUUUAUCAUAAAAAAAAUUCCCGUUGAAGUUUUUGUAGAUCAAAGUGCUGCGUCUUCCUUAGAUAUGUGCUCAAAAUGGAAACAAGACAUAUUGCAAAAAGGCUUUUUGUGUUAGUAUGAACAGCAAAGGGAAUGUUGUGUUAGGACAUACUGUGAGGGGUUUGUGUUAAAACAUACUGUGAGGGGUUUGACUGUGAGGGGUUUGUUGUGUUAGGACAUACUGUGAGGGGUUUGACUGUGAGGGGUUUGUUGUGUUAGGACAUACUGUGAGGGGUUUGUUGUGUUAGGACAUACUGUGAGGGGUUUGUUGUGUUAGGAAUACUGUGAGGGGUUUGUGUUAGGACAUACUGUGAGGGGUUUGUUGUGUUAGGACAUACUGUGAGGGGUUUGUUGUGUUAGGACAUACUGUGAGGGUUUGUUGUGUUAGGAAUACUGUGAGGGGUUUGUCUUAGGACAUACUGUGAGAGGUUUGUUGUGUUAGGACAUACUGUGAGGGGUUUGUGUUAGGACAUACUGUGAUGGGCAUGUUGUAUAAGGACAUACUAAGAGGUGUUGUGUUAGGACAUACUGUGAUGAGUUUGUUGUGUUAGGACAUACUGUGAGGGGAAUGUUGUGUUAGGACAAACUGUGAGGGGUUUGUUGUGUUAGGAAUACUGUGAGGGGUUUGUUGUGUUAGGACAUACUGUGAGGGGUUUGUUGUGUUAGGAAUACUGUGAGGGGUUUGUUGUGUUAGGAAUACUGGGAGGGGUUUGUUGUGUUAGGACAUACUGUGAGGGGUUUGUGUUAGGACAAACUGUGAGGGGUUUGUUGUGUUAGGAAUACUGUGAGGGGUUUGUUGUGUUAGGACAUACUGUGAGGGGUUUGUUGUGUUAGGACAUACUGAGGGGCAUGUUGUGUUAGGACAUACUGUGAGGGGUUUGACUGUGAGGGGUUUGUUGUGUUAGGAAUAUUGUGAGGGGUUUGUUGUGUUAGGACAUACUGAGGGGCAUGUUGUGUUAGGACAUACUGUGAGGGGUUUGACUGUGAGGGGUUUGUUGUGUUAGGACAUGCUGUGAGGGGUUUGUGUUAGGACAUAUUGUGAGGGGUUUGUUGUGUUAGGACAUACUGUGAGGGGCAUGUUGUGUUAGGACAUACUGUGAGGGGCAUGUUGUGUUGGGACAUACUGUG